GCACUGGGCACGAGCAGGCGCUGUGUGGAUGAGGUGAUGCGCACAGACGGAGCGAGUCGACAGGAUUAAUGGAACGACCUCGCGCUGGCUGCGUUCAACUGACGUGAAAGUGUCUCGUACUUUUGUUUUGGAAAAGUUUGGGAGUCGGAGAGAGAGCGACAGAGAAACACGUGAAUGAAAAGAGCGUGGACUGUGUCUCUGUGGGUCUGUCGUGACAGUGUCGUGACAGUGACAAACAUCAGUGAGCUGUCACCAUCCACUCUGCUGCCAGAGAAUCGAGCAGCCCCGCAGCCGUGCAUCCUGACUGUCUCUGUCCACAUAUUCAUGUCUGAAUGUCCACCAUGGCUCAAAGGAGAUUUGACUGGUGGAUCCCCUGCUGACACCUUCCAUCCCCAGACAUCCGCCUUGGCUGAACCCUUUCCUGACAGCUUUGGUGUCCCCUUGUUCCUUGGAGCUUCUCUCCCCAUUUAAGCUGUCGCCAUGGCCAGUCUGGUGCUUAAUGAGACUGGAAUGGAGGACUGUGGGAUUGACGACUCCUUCAAGUACAACUUGUACUCUGUGGUCUAUAGUGUGGUCUUCGUCCUUGGCCUGAUCACCAACUGUGCUGCACUCUUUGUGUUCUGCUUCCGGAUGAAGAUGAGCAACGAGACCACAAUGUUUAUGACUAACUUAGCGUUAUCUGACUUAGUGUUUGUUUUCACGCUGCCAUUCAAGGUCUUCUACAACGUUAACCGCCACUGGCCGUUUGGAGAUGGACUUUGUAAGGUAUCGGGAACAGCCUUCAUCACCAACAUCUAUGGCAGCAUGCUCUUCCUCACGUGCAUCAGUGUAGACCGCUUCCUGGCAAUUGUCUACCCUUUCCGCUCACGCUCCAUACGCACGCGCAGGAAUGCAGCACUGGUGUGUGCAGCAGUGUGGCUGACAAUCGUGGGAGGAGGAAUAUCCGUGACCUUCUUCUCUACCAUCAACAGUACAACCAGAGCCACCACAUGUUUCGAGGGAUUCUCUAAAAGCACCUGGAAGACCUACCUGUCCAAAAUCACCAUCUUUAUUGAGAUUGUGGGCUUUCUCAUCCCCCUGCUGGUCAACUUGGCAUGUUCCUCGCUGGUUCUUCGGACACUGCGUCGCCCGGCAACUGUCGGUCAUGGCUGUGACAGCAAGAGGCGUGUCUUGCGUAUGAUUCUGGUCCAUCUGGGAAUCUUCAUCAUCUGCUUCGUCCCGUAUAACUCCAUCCUUUUCCUAUAUGCGCUGGUGAGGACGCAGGCCCUCGCUAACUGCACUGUAGAGCGCUUUGCCCGAACUCUUUACCCAAUCACUCUGUGCUUGGCCAGCCUCAACUGCUGCCUGGACCCUGUGGUCUACUACUUCACCUCAGAGAGCUUCCAGAAGAGCUUGACCAUGGGAGGAAAAGGUUCGGGCUCCCGACCCAACAGCAUCCCCCGUAGUGACACAGAGACCCAGGACACAGCAAACACACCAAAAGACACGUGCACUGUAGCCAGCAAUGGAAAAGAGUCAAAGACGUCUGAAAGUGAGUUCUGACUCAGGAGGAGAUAGAAGGUAAUCAAGGACAGAGAGGAUUUGAAAGACAGGAGCCCUGAAUUAGGAAAAAAGCAAUCAUUUGUUGUGUCUGGAAGCGACAAACACAUAACUCAGCAGAUUAGUUCAGCCCCGAGGUAAGUCCUGAGGUAUGGCCUGAGCUUUACGGAUUAAUCUACUCCUGGAGAACACAGGAAUGUAUUUGUGUUUAUUAUGAGAGAUGACUGCAGGGACCAGACAGUCAGCCACAUCAGGACGACUGUGAUAGUCCAGAGACAUGCAGAGCAGAGCCUCUAAAAGAGACUCCAAUACAUCAUCACUUAGGCUUAACACACAAACACUUGCAAAUGCACUGGACUGUGGAUAAGAUGGAGAUUUCCGUCCACAUUGUUGAAAUAUGCUGUUAAGUACUUUAGUAACACACUGAGCCCUAAGGUUUUAUUGUCAUAAAGCUCAAGCUUUCGCGGCGUAUUAUAUCAUUUUAGACGUUAAUGUUAUGACAUUGUGUAGUGUGGUGAGACCUUUUGUUAUUCUAACACAGCAGUGCGCCGACCUGCGGAGUUUAAUGUGUCUCAUGUUGAAGUUUGAGGCCAUUAAAUGUCUGUUUUCAAUUG